UAACAUGGUGCUCAAGUGUGUUGUCCUUGCCCUAGUGGCCGCUACGGCUCUUGCACGCACCACGGGCACUUCCCAGAAUUCCAUCCAUCACGAGACCGCGCGCUCCGAAGAAAGCAACUCGUAUUUCGGUGACCUGCGUUAUGUGUACAAAGUGUAUCAGGAAUGUGCCGCCACAGACUUGACAUCGUGUUUGAAAUUGAAAUUGGUCGCUGCCUUGGAUCGUGUCGCUCGGACGUACCCCGAAGUUCCACUGUUUGACGGUGUUACCUUCGUCAAGGACCCCAAAGCAGCCCCUACGCAGCAGGAAGUUAAGACCGAGGCGGAUAUUGAGGCUUCCCUUCCUAGAGCAUUGGAGGAACGCGAAGAUGCCCUCAACAACUUGAUCGCCAAUAAAGUGACCAACUUCUUCGAAACGCACACCUUACAGGUAAAACUUCCCACCGCAACUGACAUUCAGAGGUCUUUCAACGGCGAAGAAGGUCGCGGUAAGAAAAAGAAGUCCUCCGGUUUCCUCUUGUUGCCCUUAAUCUUGGGUGGGACUCUCAUCCCCCUGGCACUAGGAGCCUUGGCCCUCCUUGCAGGCAAAGCUCUCAUUGUAUCCAAACUAGCUCUCGUACUGGCUGGCAUCAUAGGGUUGAAGAAGCUUCUCUCUGGAAGUGGAGGCGGCCAUGACUCUGGACACGUUGAGGUCGUUUCAGGUGCCCACGGAGGUGGCUGGGGAAGGUCGUAUACCAAAGAGGAAGCCCAGAACUUGGCUUAUCAGGCAUACGCCCCCAAAUCUAGAUAAAAGAUUGAUAAUUUAAGACUAUUUAUUUAAUUUAUUCUCUUUUAUUUUAACACUGU